AUGGCCCAGUCGCAGGCAGCCGAUGUGUACGACCAUCUCUACAAGAUAAUUCUGGUUGGAGAUGCUACUGUGGGAAAGACCCAUUUACUCUCCAGAUACACCCGAGGCACUCUUCCCCAAAAUCCUAAGGCCACGAUAGGCGUCGAGUUCGUCACUAGAACGGUACCUCUUGCUGUAGGAGGCACAGUCAAGGCACAGAUUUGGGACACAGCUGGCCAGGAGCGUUACCGCAGCAUAACUUCAGCGCACUACCGGCGGGCUGUGGGCGCGUUGCUGGUCUACGACGUGACCCGGAAGAGGACGUUCCUAAGCGCUAGCAAGUGGCUUGAGGAGCUGCGCCAAAAUGCCGAGCCUGAUAUCGUGGUGAUGAUGGUGGGCAAUAAGGUCGAUCUCUGCGAAAAGGAUCCCUCCUUGAGAGAGGUAGACUGA